AUGGAGCAUGACUUUAAAAGAACAAGUAUCUUUGAUUCCAAAAACAUUGGGGAGACAACAUUAUCUCUGAUCAUGCCAUUUAGAAAGUCUACUCCACAUGAAGCCUUGCAGGCAGUUUACAACAAAAUCUUUAUCGAUUUACAAAAAACAUUUAUAGGCAUUGGCAAAGUAUCUGUGUGUAGAGAUGUUGAAAACAAAGUCACGGUGCAUGUAAAGGUUGAGCAUACGCAUAGCAUAUCGUUCAUAAUGAAGCUGGUUUCAGGAUGCUUCAGGCACUGUAUCAAGAUGGAGCUUCCACUGUACCUCUAUUCUCAGAAAACAGAUAUUUUUAUAAGGAUAAAAAAGAUAAUGGAUCAAUCUGGAACAUCCAUUUCAAUCAAAAUAUGCAAAAAAGUUGAGGUUUAUAUAUGCGGAAGAAUUGAAGAAUGUCUUAAUGUCAGGAUGGAAAUAUUUGAGAUGAUUGAGAAGAUGGCAGGAAGAUCUGUGGAGAACAAAAAGACUGUGGUACCUGUUCAAUCAGCUGUUGAAAAGGGACAACGAGUGUUUUAUCGCUCGAGAAUAAAUUCCGAAGAUUGCCUUGUAUCAUGUGAAGAUAAAAACCUGAUUGGGUCUAAGGAUUCGGCUAUUGCUGAUAAAAUACAACAGUACUUUGAAAAGCUUGUUCUUGAUGCUCAGAAGAUGAUGUAUUUACUGCAUUACAAAGCGAUUGAGAUCGAGAGCAUUCUUGCAUACAAUCAGUCAUAUAUGGACACAAAUGACAACGAUAAAUCUCAUGUUGAUGUGACACUGCGAGGAUUCAGUGCUCACGAUGUGAUGAUGGCAAGGAACGGAAUAGACCUGCUUUACAAUGAAAUAAUGAAGCUGGUGAUAUCGGAUGUCGACUCUUUCAGCAGUGAAGAAGCAAUUGUAUUUGAGGUUGCUGAUACAAGGCAAUUUCUUGUGAUUGGGGAGAAAAAGUACUUGAUGAGUAUGCUUGAUGAAGGAUAUGUGGAAGGAGAGAUUGAUGUUGAUACGGACACAAUUGAUUUUUUGUGUGGAAAGAAAAACGGAAAAAUAGUAAAAAUCAUGAGAGAUGUGGACUGCAACAUCAAGAUACAGAAGAGGGAGAGCAGUACCAGGAUUUGCAUUACUAUUAGCGGCCGCUGUAGAAAUUUUGUACGUGCCUUGGAAAUGAUUGAGGAAGAGUUUCCUGAGGAGCUUACAUUCCAUAUUGAUGAGAAGCAUCACAAGCGAAUAAUUGGAUAUGGAGGAAAGAACAUACAAAAAAUAAUGAAGAAGCAUGGUGUAUACAUUAAGUUUAUGAGUGAUAAGGAAAGACGAAGAGUAGGGCAUACAGACAAUGUGCUGAUGAAGACACCUAGAAAGAAUGCAUGCAACCUUUCUACAAUGAAGCAGGAAGUGAUGGCGUUGAUAGAAGAAUUUGAUGAAGAGCUUACAGAAUUCCAGACCAGAAUAUCGUUCAGUGAGUUUUAUGAUUUUGAGCCAUCAAAAUUCAGGUUAGCCUUUGAAGGUGUUUUAGUGAAUGAGAUCGAGAUGGUUAUACCUUGUAACUAUUAUAUUGAAGAUGAAGACUGGCGAAUGCGUCAUUCAACUGAUGAUACGAGGCAUUAUAAUACGAAUCAUAUAAAUAGAGUUGAUGAGCAUAAUCUACAAAGAUUCAGGAUACAAAAUAAAGGCCCAUGGAUUGUUAAGAGCUCUGAAACACUUUGUUUAGAAAAGAUUACUGCAAUGCACUGGAUCGGAAAUGUUGAAUGCAUGCCGAUGUUUUCAUGGUUGUUUAAAUACGCUUACAAUGUCUUUCCUAUGUGUAAUAGAAAUGAUGCAAAAGAACAAGAUGCCGGUGAAGAUGAGAAAAUCAUGCUUAUUUGA